AUGGGUGUCACUGGCCUCUGGACGGUCGUCCAACCCGUAGCACGGCCGGUCAAGCUCGAAACAUUAGCCCAAAAGCGACUGGCGAUUGACGCUUCCAUCUGGAUAUAUCAAUUUUUAAAGGCGGUUCGCGACAAAGAAGGAAAUGCACUGAGGAAUGCACAUGUGGUGGGCUUCUUUCGGCGCAUUGUUAAAUUACUCUUUCAUGGCAUCCGGCCAGUUUUCGUCUUCGAUGGCGGGGCCCCAUUGCUCAAGAGACAAACCAUAGCAAACAGAAAAUCUCAUCGUCAAGACCGAAAACUAGAUGCCUCGAAUACAGCGAAGAAACUGCUCUCCAUUCAGAUGCAAAAACGGGCCAAGGAAGAAGCAGAAGAAAGGAGGAGGGCACUGCAGAACCAGUACCAUAAUGUCCGAGAAGAAGAACCUGUUCCGGAAAAUCCGGUUUAUGCUUCGCAGGUUUUCGAAGCUCCUCAGGAGCGAGUUAAGGUGAAGGCGCCGUUCAGACGACUGGAUCAGUAUCAUCUUCCGGAGAUGGAUGGCUCGCUUGAGGCCAUGAGAGGUGCUAAUGACCCUAGAAUUAUGUCAAUGGAAGAGCUCGAGGAUUACGCUCGACGAUUCGAAGGCGGCGAAGACAUCAACCUCUACGAUUUUUCUAAAAUUGAUUUUGAUUCCCCGUUCUUUACUUCUUUGCCACCAGGUGACCAAUACAACAUACUAAACGCUGCGAGGAUAAGAUCUCGUCUACGUAUGGGCUUGUCAAAAGAACAAUUGGAGAAAAUGUUUCCCAAUCGCUUAGAAUUUUCUCGAUUUCAAAUUGACAGGGUACGCGAAAGGAACGAAUUGACACAACGGCUCAUGCAUUUGAAUGGUAUGAACGACGAUUUGAUUAGUGUUCGCCGUGUAGCUGGAGAAAAGGAUCGGGAGUAUGUACUAGUCAAGAACGAAGGGGCGGAGGGUGGUUGGGCACUGGGUGUCGUUGGGCAGAGAGGCCCAAGAGAAGGAGAAACUGUGCAUAAGGCGAUUGUGGUCGAUGAAGAAGAUAAGGUCGAAGACGAAGAUGACGACUCGGAAGAUGAAAUAGAGUUUGAGGACAUACCGAUUGAAGGUCUCAACAGACUACCGAAACUAAGAGCGCCUCAAAUCGAGCUAACUCGGCACCGCCAAACGUCUGAAGAACGUGAGAUCCAGAUGGCAAUUAGACUCUCGCGGCAAGAACAACAAAGGAAGGCUUUAAAGGAUUCAGAGGCCACUAUCUUCAUUCAAGAUGACGAUUUAAGCGAAUCUAACGAAGCUGAGAAUGAACUUGAUUCUUUAUUUGAGGAUCUUGAUGAUGCCAAGGGCACUCGUGAUGAGGACGAAGAGUUGCGAAAGGCCAUUGCUUUAUCCCUAGAACGAGAUCAGAGAGAAGGCGAGGAAGAAGAAAGGGCAUUAGAACUGGCACUUAAAAUGUCACUCGAACAGGACGAUGAGAACGAUUCGGGGGCUACUGUUCAGCCGUCGAGUAACUCGAAACCGAGAGCUGCGGAACAAUCACUGAACCCGAACAAGCCGAAAUUCGUAGAAUUUGACGACAUCGUCCCGCCUGCUAAAUCAAAUAUCUUCUCUGAUACGGCGCCUUAUAGAGUCUCGUCCGACCUACAUAAAUCUGGUCUCAAUAAAAAGCACGAAACUAUCACAGCUAAACCCGCAAAUCUGGAGAAUGCCUCAAUAACUAGUUUCAAGGGAGUGGAUUUUAAUCCAUUUGCACUUGAGGGGGAUGGCUUUACCCUCGAAAAUGCGAUGGAAUAUCCUACAGAGCCUUCGAAUACAAAUAUGCAAUCAAGCAAAGCGAAUGAUUUUAGUUUUGACAACAAUAUUCUUCCAUUUGAGAGUAUGAAACUAGGUGGUUUAGCCGGGCUCCAAAAAAGACUCAAUGAUGCUAAGGCCAACCAAGUCGAGGAGAGAACAGAAGAACAACCUAAAGUUCCUUUACCCCCUUGGUUUGCGCCGGAAGAGAACAGCGCAUUCAAAGCAGGAAAGGCAGGGUAUCAAGUCGAUAACUAUGAUCGCGAGGAUGAGACUGAGCGAAUAGUGUCAACUCUCCCAGAGCAUCUUCGUCCAAUUGAAAAUCGGGCCUCUAUACAACCAAAGUCAAAACAAGUCAUCGUUCUUUCGGAGGAUGAGGAUAAUGAUAUUCAAAUGGUUGAUCUUACAAAUUCUAAGCCUCAAACUCAAAAUGAGCUGGUCGCGCUUAGUAAUGAAACCAAUGCCUCCAACCGGAAAGCGGUCGAAGUGGUCGAAGCGAUAUCCCCAGAGGUGGAGGCGCAGGACAGUGAUGAGCCUGUAGAAUGGGAAGCUAGUGACAUUGAAACCGGAACUCCACUCAUAAGGGUCCCUGCAGAAAACCUAGCUGCAAAUGAACCAGAAUCAGAAGACGAUGCCGGAAUGGACUCCGAAGAAGAACAGUUGAUGCAUCAGAUGCGAGCCGAAAACGAGGAGCAUGCCCGAUUUGCAUCUACGUUCAACCAGAGGUCUACCGAGCAAAAUGCAAUGGACUAUGAACGCGAACUCAGGACCUUAAGGGACCAACAGAAAAAGGACCGAAGAGAUGCCGAUGAGGUUACCAAGAUCAUGAUCACUGAGUGCCAACAACUACUUCAGAUGUUUGGGAUACCCUACAUAACUGCACCAAUGGAAGCAGAAGCUCAAUGUGCCGAGCUCGUCAAUUUGGGGCUUGUUGAUGGCAUUGUGACAGACGACAGUGAUAUCUUCUUAUUCGGAGGGACGAGGGUUUAUAAGAAUAUGUUUAACCAAGCGAAAUAUGUAGAGUGUUACUUGGCGAGUGACCUCGAAAACGAGUAUAGUCUUGAUCGAAAGAAAAUGAUUCGACUGGCGCACUUGCUAGGAAGCGACUACACCGAGGGGCUUGUCGGCGUUGGACCGGUAACUGCAUUAGAAGUACUUGCUAACUUUGGCGGUGGUGAUGAUGCACUACACGACUUCAAGGCUUGGUGGACAAGGAUACAAUCUGGCUUUCGUGACCCGGCAGAUGAUAAAUCGAAAUUAAAGAAGAGUUUGAAAAAACUGGAGGAUAAACUCUUUUUACCACCAAGCUUCCCAGACGAUCAGGUAGACAUGGCAUACCUCAACCCCGAAGUCGAUAAAGACAGUACGCCCUUUGAAUGGGGGGUACCAGAUCUGCACGGCCUCCGAACCUUUCUCAUGGCGACGAUCGGCUGGACUUCAGAACGAACAGAUGAGGUUCUAGUACCAGUCAUUCGUGAUAUGAAUCGGAAAGUUGCUGAAGGACAUCAAGUUAAUCUUACAAACUUCUUCUCUGGUAGUACAGGCGCUGGCGCUUUUGCACCGAGAGUUAGAGAAGCGAAUAAGAGUAAAAGGAUGGAGAAUGCACUUAUGAGUUUACACAGGCAGUCGGUCAAACGACAAGGAAGUAACUUAAGCCUCGACGGAGAAGGUGAAGAACAUAAGAAAAUUGAUGAAAGCUCUUCGACCGAUGAGGAGCUACAAGGAGUUGUAAGCUUGAAUGGAAGGGUCAGGAUUACUAAAGGGAGCAAUAAAAAAGCUCCUGCUAAGAAAAAGAGGAAGACCGUAACUAAAGAUAAUGAAUCAGGGUCGAGUGAAAGUGAAGAUAACCCCGAAGUAAUUGAGGACUUGAAACAGAAAGGGAAAAAAGUUAAGGCUGCGGGUCAACCCCGCAAUUCUAGUGGCCGUGGGAGGGGACGGGGACGGGGAAGAGCAAAGAAGACAUAA